AUGGACAAUGCUACGUGCCACGUCGUAUACGUGAACCGCCAGGUUCGCCAGGACAGGCUCAUCCUCCCCGAUGCGAAGGACGCCCAUUUGCCCAACGGAGGCGCAACCGACGUGGAGGAGAAUGACGAAAUUCAGAAAGACGCCACACUUCUGCUGGAAACCUUUGGAGAAGUCUACCUGUGUUCCACGGGCUCAGCAUGCAUCUCUACGCUUUUCCAGCUCUCGGACGAUGCCAUGAUGGACCUAACGCCGACCCUUGUUCUCAUUGAUGUGCCUCACGAUGAACGGCUGCCCAAGAUUCGCUCAAAGACUAGAUCACCUUCGCCGCAUUCUCGCCCGGCCACUGCCGACAUCGACAUACAUACUCCGGAAGAGGAGGUAUACGGCCUCAAGCUGCUGCAAAGGAUCAUGACCGAGGCGCAUCUUCGCAGUCUUUCGAAGCUGAUCGUCCCUAUCCCCAUUGUGAGCUUUUCCGAUUUGGAGGACGCUGUCCCGGUCGGCGACGAUGCGAAGCCCAAGUCUCAGUUGAUAGUCGACCGCCGCUUGAUCAUUCGCUGUCUCGAUCUUGGCGCUGUCGAUGUCAUCAUCAGUCCUCUUCACUUGAAGUGCAUCACGAGUCUGGAGAUCCACGCUUAUAGGGCGCAUAAGGAAGCUGCCCGAGAACAGCAGGAGAUGCUCGAGGUGCGCCGCGGACGAAAGCGAUCAUGGGUUGGGGUGAACGAGGAGAAGCCCUUUUCUUACCUUAGAGAAGCCAUGGUAUCCGGGCUCAUGAGGGGUAUUUGCCGGUCCGGAGCCGAUUCGGAUGAUGAUCGGAUCUCCAAUGUAAGCAUCGCCGUCUCCACCGAUCGCCAAGCCGCCGUCGCCGCCGCUGUUGGCAAAUGGCACUUUUGCGCCCACAGCUUCACGGACGACGAGCUCCUUGUGGCAGCCAUGGUCAUGUUCAAGCAUGCGUUGACCAUGCCGGAAUUGGACCGUUGGCGGAUACCAGCAGAUCAACUGAUUAGCUUCUUGGUUGCCUGCCGGGCUGCAUACAACAACUUUGUCCCUUAUCACAACUUUCGCCAUGUCGUCGACGUCUUGCAGGCUACCUUUCACUUCUUGGUCCGCAUCGGUACCCUCGCCCCUUACCCUGUCGAUCCUUUGGCAGAAGCAGACACGACCGAGAAGUCGCCAAUGGCAAAUCUACUCCAUCCGUUUGAGGGCUUGACGCUCUUGAUCACGGCGAUAGGACAUGAUGUCGGCCAUCCCGGUGUCAACAACGGAUUUCUAGUCACCCUCAACGCCCCCUUAGCGCAGUUGUACAACGACCGUUCCGUGCUCGAGUCCUUCCACUGCGCUGCUUACUCACAGAUCCUUCGAAGGUAUUGGCCAAGCGCGUUUGAGGAUACCAAGAUGAGGCACCUGAUGAUCAGCUCCAUUCUUGCUACCGACAUGGGUCUGCAUUUCGAUUACAUGAAGAGGCUCGGGGACACCCAGGAAAAGUUGGAUGUUAGCAACUCAACCGAUGGGUGGAACGGGCGCAUGCUUGAAGAACAAAAAGCAUUAGCAUGCUCAUUACUCAUCAAGUGUGCAGACAUCAGCAAUGUGGCAAGGAAACACGAAACCGCUCUGAAGUGGAUGCAUAUCCUCUCAGAUGAGUUCUCUCGCCAAGCCUCUAUGGAGAGCGAACUGGACAUCGCCUCAUCUCUACUAUCGGCUCCGAAAAAAGACACCAUGUCGCUGUCCAAGGCGCAACUGAGUUUCAUGAACAUGUUCGCCAUCCCUCUCUUCCAAGGUGUCGCGGAUAUCCUUCCGGCGAUGAAAUACACGGUGGACGAGCUCGAGAUCAAUAAGAGUCUCUUCGAGCAGCGCAUCCGAGACGAGCAGGCAAAGGAGGAUCCCAUCCGCAAGAGGCUUCUUCGCGAUGGAGCGUUUUCCCCGCGAACUAGGAGUUUUGCUACGGGGCCAGAGAACAACAGAGACUCCAUGACCCCGCGAGUGACGACACCCUUGGCGGAGCUCGUGACGCCGCCACCUUUGCCGGUGGACGGGUCACGCCACAGUGAUCAAGACAUGGAACAGGAACCUGCGGAUCUGACGGACCGGUCUCUGCACGCGCCGGAGUCUGGGGAGGACUUGAAGGGGGUCAAUGGCAUCGUGACGUCGUUCGAUUCGGUGGCAGAUUUUGCAGCAAGCGAUCCCUUCCGCUGUCGGGACAGAGAGAGUAGCUCCCCCGAUAAUCAUCACGGCCACAAUGGAAAGCAACGAUGCAGCGAGACGACGGACGGAAGCACGACAGGUCCAUACACCGGGGACUGGGCUUCCCAGGCAACGAGCGCGACGACCGGCAAAAUGCCUCUGUCACCAAGUACCCAAGGCACUAGCAUUGUCAGCAGAGAAUCCACGGAACAACUGCCGGGCGUACCCACGAUUUCAGAACCGAAGCCCUUCACAGAGUACAAGGCGGAGCCCGCAUUCUUGGACCAUGAGGGCAAUGGCUCUCACAUGUCGCAAGGGCCGUUUGGCAAACCAGAGGGCGGCAAGGUGGUCAAGAAGAAGUCUAGCAGGUUCCGCAUGAACGCUUUCCAAUUCUUCCGGCGAAACAGAGCGUCAAGCCCGUCCAUGUCGGCCACCGACACAGCUGGCUAA